AGGAGAAGCCAAAGCCAGUGAACACUUUCGGAGACGGACCAUAUGAUUUCGUUCCAGUAAACAAAGUCUGAGGCAGGGAGGGUGGUGACGCAUCCUCUUGUCCUUCGUUCACAAUUUCCAAGCGUGAAUACCUGGACAACCUAGUGUGAUAUCAGAAAUGCCGCUCUUAUACAGUGUGAUUGCCCGAGGCACAACAGUCCUCGCCCGAUAUGCAACGUGUGCUGGAAAUUUUGCCGAGGUGACAGAGCAGAUCUUGGCAAAAAUCUCACCUGGAGAGUCUGGACGUUUAACAUAUUCUCAUGGUUCAUAUUUAUUCCAUUAUGUGGCUGAAGAUGGUGUGGUGUACCUCUGUAUCACUGAUGAUGAGUUUGAGCGACAACGAGCUUUCCUGUUCUUGGAAGACAUCAAACAGAGGUUCCAAGCCACUUACGGGGCCCGAAUCCACAAUGCGCUCCCCUAUGCCAUGAACAGCGAAUUUGCUCAGGUUCAGGCAAGUCAGAUGAAGCACUACACAGAGUCACGAGAGAUUGACAAGAUCUCACGUCUGCAAGGGGAAGUGAGUGAUGUGAAGGAUAUCCUGGUGAAGAAUAUUGAGAACUUGGCAUGUAGAGGAGAGAGACUCGAGCUAUUGAUAAACAAGACAGAAAAUCUCAACACCUCGGCUGUUACAUUCAAAACUACAAGUCGCACGUUGGCUAGAAGCCUUUGGUGGAAGAAUGUCCGCAUCAUCAUAAUCAUCAUCUUGGGUUUAGGGGCUAGCAUCUAUAUCAUAGGUGCAAUGGCAUGCGGCCCAACAUGGAAGCAUUGCACUGAGAAGUAGGAUGGUCACAUGUGAGAAGAUAUGGACCUGCAGUGGGAUACGUUUAAAGACAUUUUGUCCUUAUUCGGAGAAUAUCCAAGUCCAGCACUAGUUUCAUUCUUGGUUGAAUUAUCUCAUCUACCACAUAAGUAAAGAUCAUGUGUGAAAACCAGUGAUGUAUGAGGUCAGACAAACUUUCUCUAAAAAAUACACACAUCACCAGUAUCAGUAAUUUUUUUACAUUACAGUGUAUUACUAUUAGAGUGAAGCAUUGACUGACCAAAUAUUCUAGUUUCCUACUUUUGGGUUUGAUUACCUUUCAUCUUCAUAAUGUGAGUGAUUUCAUCUUUCAUCCUGCUUUUUCAUCAGUCAUUAGGCUCAUUAUUGCUGUGUUGUAACAACAUAAUCAUUGUUGUACAGUACUUAUAAGUGAGCAGUGUUACUGUAUUUCCCGAAAUUCUCAUGUAUUAAAUAAUUCAAUAAAUAUCUAAAUACUGUAUAUUAUAAAGAUAAUAUUGAUACAAUGUAAUUUACUGUUCAUGAAAAAAUUCAAUCACAGGGGUGACUUUCAUUCUUGAUAAGUUAUGAUCCCGUCAGUUAGAAUCAUGGGACAUUUGUGAGUACAGUGCUUCUAUAUAUUUCAGCCUGUCUCUGUGUCAGCAUGUUUUUCUUAUAUAUACUUAGGCAUUAUGUAAGAUCAUACCUCGGUGUAUAAAAACAAAAAAAAUUACUCUUGUAGUUUCUCUUAAAUGAGAUAAUAUUAAUUUGCAGUGUUAUUGGAUUUAUAUGAUGAGUUUACAAAGCUUUAUCAACCAUCACAAACUUUCAAAAACUCGACAAGUACACUCACACGCUGUACAUGCUGUGCUGGCUAUUUAUAAUUGGUCAAGUUAUAUAUUGUAAGUAACAGUGUUGUCUGUGAUUGCACCUGCAUGAAAGCCAAUGUAGAAAUGCUUCCACUGCAAUGAGAUUACUUGGAUAUGAUUAUUGGAUUGUUAUCAAGUUAUAUAGAUAAUAUAUAUUUUGAAAGGAUAAAGGGGUUGCUUAAAUCAAGUUAUUUAAUGGCUUAUAUAGAAAUAUAUCUGUGUUUACUUAAGUCCCCUCAUAAGGUAAGGGGUCAAUAUUAUUACAGUGCUGUAUUGCACUCUGACAUUGUACCAGCUUAGUAUAGUUGGCUGACUUGAAACAGACCGGUUAAAUGGUGAUUCUUAUUAGAUGUGUGGUUAUUGGCUUCUGAUGUAUGUAAGAAUCAGCCCUUUUUUUAUAUACUGUAUACUGUAAUUGGAGAGGACCAUUUUGUUUAGUAACUUAGAUUUACUUUGUGCUCUGUAAGUAAUUUACAGUACAAUAUGAAAUUGGGUUACCAAUUAUCAAGAGAACCUCCAAGUAUAAUUUUCCAUUGUCAAAAAGUGUUGCUCACUUACUGACUGUUACCAGAUAAUAGAUUGGAGUGCAUCUUAGUCACUUGUAGCUUUUUACUCCUUACAUAAGUGUCUUGUUUCAGUUGAAUAUGAUAAUAGUUUUGUUUGAAAAGGAUUUAUCUACGGCCAAUAUUCAGUUGUAUGUAGAUUUAUUAAUCACACAGUAAAUGUCAAAGGGAUUUAAAAUCUUUAUUGCAGGGCCUCAAAAGUAAUGAAUUUCCCAUAAUUCUUAUACAAUUGCUGACUAUCAUUUACCUUUAUUAUCAAGUGAAAUAACAAUGAGGUGAAGAUCUUAACCAUUGUAGUAUUCACUGCAGCUAUUUUCCUGAAUUGAGUGAAAAAGUCUGCACAAUAAUAUUUGUAUUGAGUGGGAUUACUUGAGUCCUCGACUAUUUAAAAAAUUUUAGCUAAUGUUCCUUCGUAAAUGGCAUUAAUGGCACACUAAACCAAAUGUAUGGCAAUUUUUUGUGUAGUAAAUUUAUCACUACAGCGCACGGAAAGAAUUUCAGUUUAACUUCACGUUAUGAAGGACUGGUCCAAGUGAGAUACAGUCUGUUUUGGGGUCCAUGAAGUAAUCUGUCGUUGAAGUAUAUUUUGUGUGAGAAAGCAACUAUAGGCAUGACUUACAUGGGGAUAAAGUAUGGUAGUGAAUACUAUUUGUAAAUAUGCUGUGAUAGCACCUUUAGUUUAAGCCAGUGUCUUUAAAACACUUGAUGCAUUAGUGAUAUUAUAGAAACUUACGAUGAUGUGACAUUUUUCAUAUGCUUCCUCUUAGACUUGAAUUAUUUCCUUUUCCUUUAAGGCUUAUAUGAGGCUGUAGUUUACCGGUAUUUUCUCAUACAGUAAUUUAUAACUUGUGUGAUUUUCAAGUGUAGUGAGUUCAUAGGUCUUAAGAUGAUUUUCUGAAGCACUAGAAGGAAUUUUUCUAUGAAUAUCCUGUAAGUUAGAUUAAUUAUUGGCAAACUUACCUACUCCACAGUUUAUAAAUCUCAAACUAUAUGGUGAGUAAUGGUGAUUUAGAUUAAUAAUUCUCAAGAUGUUAUAAGUUACCAUUGGAUUGCCUUGUAGCAGUGUUACAGGGUGAUAAGUGACAGUUGAUCUGUUCGUGUUUAAAUGUGCUUGUAAAAGACUAAUUUGCGAAAUUAAUAUGGCCAUACAAGCCUAGAAUAUUAUAGUAAGGUAAUUCAAAUACUCCAAAGUGGAUCUUGUUGAUACGAAGAAUCUGUUUAUGUAUAUUGUUUGAGCACUGUUGGAUACAUAGCAUUACUUGUUUUUAUUCAUAAGGAUGCAUGCAAAGUAAUUCAUUGGAAAAUUUGUAAUUUAAUUUUUAUAUUCUUGAUAUGCAAAUAUAAUACAGAUGAGUACUAAAAUAAAAUGUGAUAAUAA